AUGUCGGACAAACCGGAGAGCAGCAAGACUCGACUCGAAGAGCAUCUCAUCCAGCCAUUGUUCCAAAAGGAUUUCUUGUCAGAGUUGCCAGAGGAGGUUGCUUAUCGCAUCAUCGCCUAUUUGACACCGUGCGAUUUGACGGACCGCGAUGAACAUGUGGUCACUUGUCUACAAAUUCACUCUGGUCGUAUCGUAGCUGGUUAUCAUCAUGCGUUGCGGGUUUGGAAUGUUGAUGAUGCUCAACCUGUUUUCACUGUAACUGGCCAGAUGGGUGUUGUUAAGACGUCUCAAGUGAGCGAUGAUGGCAAAUACAUUGUCAGUGGCUCAUCUGAUAAAAUGGUGCGCGUUUGGUGUGGUCAAACUGGUGCACAGCUUCAUGUUCUGCAGGGGCAUACGAGGGAAGUGUGGUGCAUGAGUCUACAUGGUACAACUCUUGUUUCUGGAUCGUGCGAUGAAACGCUCCGAGUCUGGGACAUUGUCGACGGGAAAUGCCUUCACAUUUUGACUGGACAUUUUGGGCUUGCUUGGUGUGUUCAAUUUGAUGGAAUUCGGGUUGUGGUUCCUGCUGGUGAUUUUACUGUAAAGCAUGCAUCGCAAUUUUUCUCAGUGAGGGAA